UCCGAGGCCCGAGUAAACGGAGGCCAUGAUCGCCUCCUCGCUCUCACCCUCCGCCUUCCUCCUCUCUCAUCCUCGGAAUCCCCAGAACCCUAACAAAACCCUAAUUUCCUCCCCGAAACCCCGACGAACUCCCCGCAAGAACCACCUCCGCCCUAAACUCCCGCCAAAACCACCCGCUCCCUUCGAAAACCCUAAAAUUCCCCUCCCCGUUCAAGAGCAGGAAGCGCUCGAAUCAGUCGAAGAACUCGCCUUUCAGUCCCAAACCCAAGCCCUAGGCCCACUCCCAGCCCCUAGCCCUAGCUCGUCCAUCCUCGACCUCGCAUUCCGCUUUGCCGCUCUCCUCGCCGUCCAGACCGCUGUCGCCGUGUGGUUCUUCGGCCGCAGCGGGGGGUUCUGUAUUGAACCGGAGGAAGAAAGUUCGGAUCUUGGAGCUAGGGUUAGGGUUGUCGAGAAGGAUGCGGAACGGGGCGAGGAAAUGAAUAAAGCUUCCGAUUUUGAUGGGAUGGUGAUGGAGAUUAGGGAGAUGGCGAGGGAGGCGAGGGAGAGGGAGGCGAAGGAGAGGGAGGGAGAAGAGGCUGAAGAGGAGAGGAUUUUGGGAGGGGUUUCCAGUGAGAAGGAGGAAUUGAAUAAGGUCUUGGGUUCAAGGAGGAGGAGGUUGGGGUUCGUGAAGUCGAACGUGGUCAGGAGGAAGAAUGUGGGUAAGGGGUUUAAUGGGGCGAAGAAAAUGGAGGGUAGCAGCGACGGUGAUAAUGGUGGUGUUCAACAGAUUUUACAUCAGAAUCCUCUGAGGGAGUCCCCAGAUUUGCAGGAACCACAACGCUCAACUUUAGUCCUCUCUGACCUGACCGAAGAAUCUUCAGAUGCUGAUGAGUCUAUGGCUUUUCCCUAUGAAAAAUUGUCAUCUGUUGGUAACCUGCAGAGUUCUCAAGAAACAGUUGAAAGAUCAAAAAGUGGUCAUGGAAUGUCUCAGUUAAAUCACAGAAAGAAACAAAGAAAGGUUCGAAUCAAGCAAAGAUCCAAGGAAGGAAAGCAUCCCUCUUCCACAAAAUCUAGUAAUGUAAAUGUUAGCCCUGAGUUUCAUCCACAAACAAAAAAAGUUGGCAAGUCUUCUGUCAGCAAAUAUAAAGAUGGCAUCUCUCAUCAGAUGAAAAAACCAUGGUGGCUGCAACUCCCAUUUGUUCUUGCAAUUUUAAUGAGAAGAGGUUCUGACCGUAGUUGCCCAAAAGGAUUAUACUCCUUACAGAUGGAUUCUCCUUCAGAUGAUGAAGGUUCUACAUCUUAUACUGUUGUUUUCCAAAAUCAAGGUGAUGCUACAAAUUUCUGCUACCUGUUAGAAUCUUUUUUUGGGGAAUUGGAUGAUUUUUGCGCCGAUGUUGUUCCGCUGACAAUUGGUGAGCUUGAAGAGGGAGUAAGGUCAAGGGAGCUAAAGGUAAUUGUUGUAAAGAAGGGUCAGCUUCAACUAUAUGCAGGGAAACCUCUUGCCGAAGUUGAGGCUACCUUGCGGUCUUUGUUGUGACAAGAUGCAAGUGAAGAAUGUUGACAAGAUAAUAUAUGGUUUAACAGCGAAAACAGUUUUGAGUUUUCUGCUUGCCAUCGAUCGAGGUUCGAUAUCAAAUUGCAAAAUGGCUUGGCUUCAGCCAAAACUGAUAAUGGAAACAACGUCAUGUAGCCAGUCUGAAGAACUGGUACAUAAUUCAUACGUGCGGGAGCUCUAAAGCUCAGAAAAGCUUCAACAGAUAUGAACUGAGCAAAUCAAUCAUCCUCAAAUCCCACGACUUUUUUGUAACGCCACUGAUUGUUUCCUUGUUCUGCAGCUGAUUUAGAAUCUGUGAACUCUAUUCAUGUUUCAAUCAGUGAAAUCUUGAAAAUUAUACAGGCAUAUAUUAAACAAUUUUUUAUUUUUUAUUUUUUCUUGUUCUUUUUCUUUUUGUUGCUAUGUGACUGCUACUGUUUGCUGUUAAUUUUCGAAGUCUUUUCAUGAAACUUUUAUAUU